AUGGAUAUCCGGCAACACGAGUGGCUCUCGUCCUCCCCCCACGAGGGCUUCGAGCAGAUGAGGCUCAAAAGCCGCCCCAAGGAGCCCUCCCCGAGCCUUACUCGAGUAGGUGCGAACUUCUACAGCAGCGUCAAACAGCAAGACUACAGUGCCAGUGUCUGGCUCCGGAGGAAAGACAAAUUGGAACACUCCCAGCAAAAGUGCAUUGUGAUCUUUGCCUUGGUAUGUUGCUUUGCCAUCCUAGUUGCCUUGAUCUUUUCAGCUGUGGAUAUCGCAGGCGAGGAUGAGGAUGGACUCUCAGAAAAGAAUUGUCAAAAUAACUGUCGAAUUGCUCUGGUGGAGAACAUUCCUGAAGGCCUUAACUAUUCGGAAACAGCCCCAUUCCAUUUGUCGCUUUUCCAAGGUUGGAUGAAUUUGCUCAAUAUGGCCCAAAAGUCUGUCGACAUAGUGUCUUCCCAUUGGGACCUCAACCACAGUCACCCAUCAGCGUGCCAGGGUCAGCGUCUUUUUGAAAAGUUGCUACAAUUAGCUGCUCGAAAUAUUGAGAUCAAAUUAGUGAGUGAUGCAGCAGUCCAGUCAAAAGUAUUAGAAGACUUGAAAGUAAAGGGUGCGGAGGUGACAUACAUCGACAUGAAUGCCUACAACAAAGGUCGACUGCAGUCAUCCUUCUGGAUCGUUGAUAAACAGCACAUAUACAUUGGUAGUGCCAGCUUGGACUGGAGGUCACUAGGGCAGAUGAAAGAACUGGGUGUCAUCUUUUACAACUGUAGCUGUCUGGUCCUCGAUUUACAAAGGAUAUUUGCCUUGUAUAGCUCAUUAAGAUACAAGAGCAGAGUACCUCAAACUUGGUCAAAGAGGUUGUAUGGAGUGUAUGACAAUCAAAAAAAAUUACAACUUCAACUGAAUGAAACAAAGUCUCAAGCGUUUGUGUCGAAUUCUCCUAAAGUCUUUUGCCCUAAAAAUCGGAGUUUUGACAUAGAUGCCAUCUAUAGUGUCAUUGAUGAUGCUAAGGAGUUUGUGUUCAUUGCUGUGAUGGAUUACCUGCCUAUCUCUAACACAAGCACCAAAAGAACAUACUGGCCAGAUUUGGAUGGGAAAAUAAGAGAAGCAUUAGUUUUGCGAAGAGUUAAAGUUAGGCUCCUCAUCAGUUUCUGGAAGGAAACAGACCCCCUCACAUUUAACUUUGUUUCAUCUCUUAAAGCGAUUUGCACUGAAAUUGCCAACUGCAGUUUGAAAGUGAAGUUCUUUGAUUUAGAAAAAGAGAGCGCCUGCUCUACAAAAGAACAAAAGAACAAUUCCUUUCCCAAGUUAAACCGAAAUAAAUACAUGGUAACUGAUGGAGCAGCUUACAUUGGGAAUUUUGAUUGGGUAGGAAAUGAUUUUACCCAGAAUGCUGGCACAGGCCUCGUAAUCAACCAGGCAGAUGCAGAAAACAGCACAAGUAUCAUCAGGCAACUGAAAGGGGUGUUUGAAAGGGACUGGUAUUCACCCUACGCCAAAAACUUACAACCAACUAAACAGCCAAACUGCUCCAGUCACAAACUUAACAAAUUGGCAACAAACAAGACUGCUGUGGCAUAUAAUACAAGUGAGAAUGACCUCUUGAGUGUACAACAUGAAUGA